AUGAUUAUACUAUGUAUUUUAUUAAUUGUUUAUGAUAUUCUUGUUCUUAUUGAUCCUACUCGAUGUUUCUUUUUAAAUUGUGGUAAUGCUCAAGUUACAUAUCAAGUUAAUUCAACAUAUAAUGCAACAAUAACAGGUUGGCCACUUAAUAUAACAUGGCCCAAUUAUUUUCAAACUAAUAUGAAUGCUAAAAGAAUUUUUCAAAGCAUUCAAAUACUUUGUGCUGCAUUAUUUAUUUUAUUUUGUUCAUUAUAUAUAUUAACUUAUAUUAUUUAUCGAAGAAUUAAUAUCGACCAAGGAACCAAUUAUAAAUCUGAUCCACAUACAUUUGUAAGACAUGAAACAUUUACAAGUCCAAGAAAACGAACAGAUAGUAUCGUUCAAUCAUUUCCACAAUAUAAUCUUAACCGUCUAGUAACAGUAUAUACUAUUGAAGGUCAUCCUUCGACAGUGGUUAAUUAUAGCCAUUCUCCAGCACCAACAAUAGCAAAUACAUCUACCCCUCGAAAAACUAAACGAAAAACUGUUGUACGUCCAAGAGCUAAUUCCGCAAAUUAUGAUCGUAUAUGUACACGUUGUAUGAAAGAAUCACGAAUGAUCUUAACGACAAAUUAUCAACGACAAAAUUUCUUUUCGCAUUUAUGCAUUAAUUGUAAUAAUGAAAUUUUAAAUUAUCAUCGAAAACUACCUCUUAUACAUUCAGCAGAUAACCGUACGUGGAAACCUUAA